UUUGGCAUGUUAAAUGUUUCACAGAAAAAUGAUGCAAAAUGUGCAUCUGGCUCCUGAGGCUGAUGAAGAUGAUCUUUAUUCUGGCUACAAUGAUUAUAAUCCCACAUUUGACACAGAGGAUUUAGAAAAUGAUGUAGCUUUUCAACAGGCAGCAAGAACAAGUCAUGGUAGAAGACCCACUGUGACAGACAAAAUUCCUGGUACAUCAGCUUCAAGAACUUUAGUUACUGGAUUUGGGUCAAAGGCAACUUUAACUUCAUCUAUGGGAAGACCAAUGACAGGAGCUAUACAGGAUGGGGUUGCUCGACCAAUGACAGCAGUGCAUGCUGCAGGUUACACUAAGGCAGCUAUGAGAGGUUCUUCAUUUGAUCCUCUUGGCCAAGCAAGAGGUCCUGCUCCACCUCUGGAAAUGAAAAAUUCAGACAGUUCAGAAGAGAAGAUUAGGCAGUUGGAAAAAAAAGUGAAUGAACUGGUUGAAGAAAGCUGCAUUGCCAACAGCUGUGGAGACUUGAAAUUGGCUCUGGAAAAAGCAAAAGAGGCUGGAAGAAAGGAGAGAGUAUUGGUGAGACAACGUGAACAAAUUGCUACUCCAGAAAACAUCAACUUAGACCUCACUUACUCAGUCCUUUUUAAUCUGGCCAGUCAGUAUGCUGCUAAUGAAAUGUAUGCUGAAGCACUGAAUACUUAUCAAGUUAUAGUGAAGAAUAAGAUGUUCAGCAAUGGAGGUAGACUGAAGGUGAAUAUGGGAAAUAUAUAUUUAAAACAACGGAACUAUUCCAAAGCUAUCAAGUUCUACCGUAUGGCUCUAGACCAGAUUCCUAGCGUCCACAAAGAGAUGAGGAUUAAAAUAAUGCAAAAUAUCGGAAUUGCAUUUAUUAAAACUGGCCAAUACGUUGAUGCCAUUUCUUCAUUUGAACAUAUAAUGAGCACGUCUCCAAACCUGAAGGCAGGCUUCAACUUGAUCCUAUGUUAUUUUGCUAUUGGAAACAGUGAGCAAAUGAAAAAAGCCUUCCAAAAACUGAUUGCAGUUCCCUUGGAAGUGGAUUAUGAUGACAAAUACAUUUCACCAAAUGAUGAUCCACAUACAAAUCUACUGAUUGAAGCCAUUAAAAAUGACAGCUUAAGACAAAUAGAACGUGAGAGGAAAUCUAUGGCAGAGGAAUACAUCAUGACAGCUGCUAAACUCAUUGCGCCAGUAAUUGAGACAUCUUUUGCAGUGGGCUAUGACUGGUGUGUUGAAGUAGUAAAAGCUUCACACUAUGUAGAGUUAGCCAAUGACCUGGCACUGGAAACUUUAAAAAUGUUUGAAAAAAAGGAUAGCAGAGUAAAGAGUGCAGCUGCAACAAACCUUUCAUUCCUUUAUUAUUUGGAGAAUGAAUUGACACAAGCAACUAACUAUGCAGAUUUAGCUGUAAAUUCUGAUAGGUACAAUCCAGCAGCUCUAACUAACAAAGGAAAUACUGUUUUUGCAAAUGGAGACUAUGAAAAAGCAGCUGAGUUUUAUAAGGAAGCUCUCAGGAAUGAUUCCUCAUGCACUGAAGCACUUUAUAAUCUUGGUUUAACAUACAAGAAGUUAAACAGAAUAGAUGAAGCUUUGGAUUGUUUUCUGAAACUCCAUGCAAUCCUUCGAAAUAGUGCCCAAGUCCUUCACCAGAUAGCAAACAUAUAUGAGAUCAUGGAAGAUCCCAGUCAAGCCAUAGAGUGGCUCCUGCAGUUGAUCAGUAUAGUACCAACUGAUCCACAUGUACUUUCAAAGCUAGGGAAAUUAUAUGAUAAUGAAGGUGAUAAAUCCCAGGCUUUUCAUUAUUACUAUGAGUCGUACCGGUAUUUCCCUUCAAACAUUGAGGUCAUUGAAUGGCUUGGAGCCUAUUACAUUGACACUCAGUUUUGUGAAAAAGCCAUUGAGUACUUUGAAAGAGCAGCACUUAUCCUACCGACACAAGUGAAGUGGCAGCUGAUGGUUGCCAGUUGCUACAGGAGAAGCGGUAACUACCAGAAAGCUCUAGAGAAAUACAAAGUAAUUCACAGAAAAUUCCCAGAGAAUGUUGAAUGCCUCCGAUUUUUAGUUCGUCUCUGCACAGAUAUGGGGCUGAAGGAAGUCCAGGAAUAUAUGACAAAGCUCAAGAAAGUGGAAAAAUUAAAAGAAAUAAGAGAGCAGCGCAUUAAAUCUGGCAGAGAUGGCAGUGCACGUAGCCGCAGAGAAGCAAAUGCUGGUGGCGACAGCAUGCGGACCUAUAGUGGUGGUACCAAAGGGGAAAGACUGAGUGCCAAACUAAAAGCUUUGCCUGGAGCAAGUGAACCCUAUGAAAGUAGCGGCAGCAAAGAAAUAGAUGCCUCCUACGUAGAUCCACUUGGCCCGCAAGCAGAAAGACCAAAAACUGCAGCAAGAAAAAGAACUGAGGAAGAUGACUUUGCUGAUGAAGAACUAGGAGAGGAUUUGCUUCCAGAAUAG